ACGUGAAACCAACAUUUGCAUUGGAUUGGCCUCGGUCAGAAAUUGCCUGAAAUUCUUUCCACGGCGGUAAAUGUUCUUUUCUGCCGUGUGUUUCCUGCAGGGUGUCCAGUCAUGACGUUAGAGUCGGGGAGGCCGGGCGGCAGGGGACCUUCUGGUGGGUGCAAGCGCCGCUUGCGGUUCAGAAAACUCAAGGCCUUUUCUGAAUCGUUGACUCGUUUCAAAGGUCGGUUUCAAGCCCGGUCUGAAGGAGAGGAAAAUGAGCGAAGUACGGCGGACCCUGGCGCGGCACCGCCCGUGCAGACGCCCACAGGCCUCGGCUACAGACUCUCCGCCUUGUCCAAGUCCAUGACGUCGCUGACUUCCAUUGGAGCUACAAGUACGAGUCCACCUGUGGCGGGACAGGAAUCGGACACUGAGACUGGCAGAGAGGUGGGACCAGGAACGGGACGGACCGCAAGAUACCGCAAGAACGUGCAGAAGGCCGUGCGAGGCAGACUCUCCUCUCUGUCUCGCUCGCUCGGCAAUCUAACCGACAGUAAUGCCAGCUUGCAUGAAAGUCACAGAAGAAACGAAGAGGACCCACCGGGAGCACAAGCCACGGAGAACGGGCCCGGCGGAGGAUUACAGUGGCUCUCCCGCUCACUCAGUAACCUUGUGGGACUAGGGGGUGAACUCAGACAUGAAAAACUAGCUGGGUUCGACAAUAUUUGCUACGCGGGCUUUGAAGAAACUCAGAGACACACAGCGAACGGUUUCGAUAAUGUUUGUUACGGUGCUCUAGACGACGAUGAAGAGAAUGACGGUCUUCCAUCAUCUAGAUGUGAUAGUGGAAAAGGACAAGCAAGCCAUUCAAGUCAUCCAGGCGAGUGUGCCGGGUACCGCGUGGUUGUGAUGGGUGCAGAGAACGUGGGGAAGACGGAGCUGGUGCACCAGUUCCUGGGGAUGGGGCGGCUGGCCUACCUCAACCCUGCCGCUGACGUGCCCGCAGAGGAAGACGACGACUCGUCAUUUGAGGAUCCUUACGCCGAUCCAGACCAGAUGGGAGAGCAUCACUUCGGUACGGUGUACGAGAGAGAACUGAAAGUCGGCGGCGAGAACACCAAGCUAUGGAUUCUGGACAUGUCUGCCAAGGAUCUGCGGGAAGAUAUCGACCACAGUUACCUGGAGGUUGGGAACGCCUUCGUGGUGGUUUACUCGUGCACGGACACGGCCAGCUUUAACGAGGCGCUGAACACGUGCGCCACCUUGCGGCAGAGACGGCGGGCAUGUGGAACACCUGUCAUCCUGGUGGCCAACAAGAGCGACCUGGUCAGGUGCAGGCAGGUGUGUCCGAAAGAGGCCGUCUCCUGCGCCUUGGUCCUGGACUGUAAGUUCAUCGAGACGUCAGCCAUGUACGACCUAAACGUGGACCUCCUGUUCGAGGGUGUGGUCCGACAGCUGCGGCUGCGUGGGAGAGGAAUCUCAACAGACAAGCCAACAACCGUCGAAGCAUGCGCAGGCGACGGCCACGGACGGUACAAGAAGAAACUACAAAAUUUUGUUGACCAGUUCUUGCCAGUUCAGGACAGAAUGGCCAAACUGAAGGCCAAGUCAUGUGGUGACUUAUCUGUUCUGUAAAUAGUCUUACCAUCACAGUACCAUAUAAUAGCUAAUUGACAUGUGCCAGUGAGGUAAUGUUGCAUUCACCUGGUACAUGUGUGCAGUCUAAUCUCGAUGGAUGAUAUCUUUGGUGACUUAAGUCUUAUUUUAUGGUGAACUUAAAUCUGUGUGUUAUAUGUGUAUGUAUUGUUUUAUUCAAAAUAUUCAUACUUCUUAGUCUUAAAAUACUCUCCAAGCAGAGGUUAGAUUUGGGCUGUUUUUUUACGUGUUUUAGAUGUUUCAUCUGGCUUUCUAUUUUGUACCGUUUCCUUUAUGUUUGGCCACAAGUCAUAAAGAAAAUGGUACAAAAUACAAAGCCGGAUAAAAAAGCCUAAAAAACAGCUGGAGCCAAACCUCUUCUUGGAAAGUAUCAAAACAGAUAUUCUCCAUCAAUGUAAUAGAUGUAUGAUAUAUAAAUAAUAUGAUGCUGUGAAGUUGUUCUCAUGUAAAUGUUAUCAAUGAUUAGUUCAAUGUUUUAAAUGAUGAUGUUUGUUGUCCUGAACAUUUAUUGCUGCCAGUGGUCCCUGUGUAUCAGCCUGACUGCCUGUACCUAUUCAACACAACAUGUUCUUGCCAUGCAAUUCAAAGUAAAAUAAUCUUAGAAAUUAAUAAUUCCAUUAUUUUCCAUUAUUAAUUCCAAUAAGGAAUUACAUCUAUGUGUAGACUUCUAAUACUACAUACAUAAGAAAAUUAUUAGCAUCAUAUACAUUAUUGCCAAUGCUUCAUGAGAAAUUGCACUGUAUGUUCAAAACAUACUUUAAGUCUUUAAGAAAAAGCCAUGGAAUAAAGUGACAUUACCAUAUGAUUAUGGUUCAUUCUAUCUAAUAAAAAGCAGUAAAAAUUGAA